CCUCAGAGAAAGGGUGUUGGGUUGGUUCGACCCGAAAGGAACGGCAAAGACUAGAGGGGGGCAGAAAGCCAACAAGGAAGGGCCAGAUACCAGCAUGGCAGGCGAGGCCAGUAGCUCCGAAGGCGGCCUUAGGAAGAUAGUAUCAUCCCUCACACGAGCACUGAACAAGAACCAAGGCUAUCAGGCAGACGCCAAGAAAAAGUUGCCUUUCGAUGGAGCAAACAUCACAGAGUUCCUGAUCGACUACAAGAACCUAGCUGCGUUACUAAAGUGGACCGAGGAGGAAAAGAUGGACCAUCUAGGACAGCAUGUGUCGUUAAGCCUAGGAUGGGACAUAAUGGCCAUUGUAGCUGCAAGCCGGUCUUGGAAGGAGACCCGUGAUGUGAUGAUGAGGAAGUACCUAGCGGCAGAGAAAAUGGCAAUGGAGGCCGACCUAGCGGCAGUUCAGAGGAAGAACUUCGCAACAUUCAAUAAUUUCCUGCGGGAAUUUACUCUAGUAGCACUAAGGAUCCCCGGGGUCACGGACCGGAUAAUGAGCAAAUAUUUCCUCAGGCAGUUCUCCGAGUUCGACAAAGACAAGACCCUGUCAGCUUACCAACAGACGAGCAAGUUCGUAAACACGCGGGAUGUUGAUUUUAGCAUGGUAACGGAUCUGGCUGAGAAAACGGUAGUAACAAAAACGUUGGCCUUGCUCAAGGAAGGAGAGAUCAUAGAUCUAACCGCUAGGGCGGGCGACAAGGUAAAGAAGGGGAUUGAAAGUCUACAUGAACGGGUGCACGGGGUCGACAAUAAAAUUGAAAGGAUGGAAGGCGCCCUACUGGUCAUGCAGGCGCAAGUAUCCCGAACCGCCCUCCCUCCUCAAGAAGCUGUGGUUCCGCCAGGUGUAGCCAACCGGGGAUUCGGACGGAGAGAUCCUGCUAACGAGCAAUGCAAGUACUGUACCGUGAUAGGACAUUAUGUGCGCGCGUGCCCAAAGCUCAACCAUGAUAUUAUGAAAAGGUGUACCAGGUCAUUAAAGGGGGAGAUAUUUGGACCACAAGGGGAUCGGGUGAACUGGAACUCGCCAGGAGGGAUGCGGCGAGCCAUUAUCAUGCUCAACGGGUUAGAAAUAACAGUCGUAGAAGCCGAACCGGUGGGCGAGAUCAUAUGGGAUCAACUCCAGGGGCGCGGGCCGCAGUCCAACUUCAUUUUGGAAAACGACGGACGUGAUAGGGUGAACGCGACCACUCGACUGGGAACGGUCGGGAGAAGAAUUAACCGUGACACCAUUAUGGAGGAGGUCGCCGAAAGCUCCGAACCCCAGGCAGAGCCUGAGGCCGAGGAACCAGACAAAGUCUAUGGGAAGCCUAGCGAGAGGAGCCUGCGGACAAGAUCGCACGCCGGUCGGAGCAUUUACUCCCUGAUAGACCUGUACUCAGGGUACGACCAGCUUCCGUUGGAUGUUCGGGACAGGCCAUACACCGCUAUGCACACCCCCGUAGGCCAACUACAGAUGCAAGUGACCCCUAUGGGAUUCACAAACGCGGUGGCCGAAGCGCAACGCAGGAUGCUCGCCGUGGUCAGGGACAUGUUCCCAGAAAAAUGUGAGCCUUACAUCGAUGACAAUCCGAUUAAAGGCGCACAGGAGAAGGACAAGACGGAAGUCCAGCCGGGGAUCCGACGUUUUGUGUGGGACCACCUACAGGACAUCAAGGACUUACUCCGCCGGUUCCUAGUAUACAACAUUUCGACUAGUGGACCAAAGAGUAUCCUAGCAGUACCGGAGGUAACUAUACUAGGAUUUCGUUGCGGUGCUUACGGCAGGAAGCCGGAUCCGGCAAAGACCGACAAGAUAUCACAGUGGCCGACACUGCUGCGCACGACGACGGAGGGAAGGGCAUUCCUAGGCGUAGUCGGCUUUUGGAGGAUCUUCAUUAAGAACUUUGCCAAGAUUGUUGAGCCCAUCCGGGCUAUGAUCAGGGAAGAAGGAACCAUGGAUUGGACGGAGGAGCGAAAAGGAGUUGUCCAAAGGCUCAAGGACAUAUUGACAUCUAAGACAAUUGAUUAUAAGAUCGAACGGAUUGCGAGAAUUAGGAACAAGGCUAAUGGGCUGAGCCGGGUCUGCAUCACUCCCGAAGGGGUGGAGGAUGCGCAGCCCAUAAACGCGUUCCUCGAAUACGAAGGAGGAACUCUUGCGGUGGAUAACGAAAUGAUAAGCGGGGGAUGCACAUCGGGAGAACUAUUGAUCCAGAUUUUGGAGAAGGGGGCACCUGUCGUAGUAGCAGAACUUAGAGAAGGAUCAGUUACCACUCGAGGACGCAGAGAAGAAAAUGACUCAUGGGGAUCGAUAGUAGGACCGAAAGAGGAACUAAUAGCAAUGGCGGUCGAGGGAGGUUGGGAAGCAGUAAUGAGCUUGGUGGAAUCUUGGGAAAGGAAGGAGUUGCAAUGGGUGGUAAACCAGAUGCAGGAAGGAAAGGAUGGGUGCGAGGAAGGAGAGGGUUUUUCCAAGUCCAAUCAUACGAAGGGCUCUUUCGGGAGAUCGGGCUGUUAUUGGUAGGAAACAAACAACCUACGGAAGU